CAAAUAAAUGUAUCGUCCAGGUCGAGCUCUCAUCGAAAGCUCUCGAUCAGCUUCGAUGGCUGCGGAACCGCCCCAGGCGGUGUCGGAUGGCAGAACAAACGCCGAUUGCGUCUCCAUCGAUGCGGCGAUUAUCGGGCUGGUUUCGCGCGGUGUUCAGCUGCAGCUGACUAGUACUCACUAUACUCCGACACCCGUGUUAAUUUGCACAGCGGACAUUGGCUUCUGCAUUGUCAUGAAUACGACUGUAUUUUUGUUUGUCUAAUGAGGAUAUGGCGCCCUAUUCUCUCUCAUGACAUCCUUCUAGUUAGCCGUUCGAUUCCGCUUCAAUUCACAUUUCCGAAAUGCGCGGAGUCCGGGUGCUUGGGGCUUGGACUCCAGUAUUCACCGCGAGGCAGUUCGUUCAGCCAAGAGGAAGCAUUCUCAGAGAGCUGUACCCUGGAGUUCAGACACAUUCAUGUGUAACUGGAGUCUAUAGUGGCCAAAGCCGGCUGUUUUCGGGAGUCGCGGCUUCAUUGUGCAACAGUACUAGCAACUGCCGUCUCCAGCCCCCUACGAGUUACCUCCAGAACGAUGUCCUUAGACGUGUCUUUCCUCAGUCACGCCCCUCUCACGGUUUACGGUUUUUCUCCUCUACGCACCGGUAUCUAGAAUCCAAGCCAACCACCCAAUCGACGAAUACUUCUCAGGCGAACAAUGCAAGCAAGGAAAAGGAGGAUGAAGAGGUAGACAAAGGCUUCGAACUAUCUGAACGGGCAGCGCAGGCAGCAAAAGUCAAUCUCAGCGCAAAGUUGGCUAAAGACGGUGCAUCCGGAAAGAAAUCAGGGUUUAAAGAAAUAUGGAGACUUCUAUCCAUUGCACGGCCAGAGGCCAAGAAGCUCGGGUUUGCUUUCUUGUUUUUGCUGGUUUCGUCAUCCAUCACCAUGUCGAUUCCCUUCUCUAUUGGGAAGAUCAUGGAUGCAGCGACAAAGUCUACUACUGAAGGGGGCAGUGAACUCUUCGGCCUUAGUCUGCCAAUGUUCUAUGGAGCUUUGGCCGGAGUCCUCACUCUGGGCGCUGCAGCAAAUUAUGGUCGCAUCAUUAUUCUGCGCAUUGUUGGUGAACGCAUUGUUGCCAGACUUCGCUCGAAGCUCUUUCGUCAGACAUUCAUUCAGGAUGCAGAGUUUUUCGACGCGAAUCGAGUUGGUGAUUUGAUCUCUCGACUUAGCUCGGAUACAAUUAUUGUCGGAAAGAGUAUUACGCAGAAUUUAUCCGAUGGCUUGCGGGCAGCAGUGAGCGGUGCAGCCGGCUUCGGAUUGAUGGCAUAUGUCAGUCUUAAGCUCUCCAGCAUUCUGGCUCUAUUGCUUCCUCCCAUUGGCCUUGGAGCUUUCUUCUAUGGAAGGGCGAUUCGCAACUUGAGUCGCAAGAUUCAAAGGAACCUAGGAGACUUGACAAAAAUUGCCGAGGAGCGUUUAGGCAAUGUGAAAACAAGUCAGUCUUUUGCGGGUGAAGUUAUUGAGGUCAACAGGUACAACAACCAAGUGCGGAAGAUCUUCGAACUCGGCAAGAGAGAAUCCGUGAUUAGUGCGACUUUCUUUAGUUCCACCGGUUUUAUGGGCAAUAUGACGAUCUUGGCACUCCUUUAUGUAGGAGGAGGAAUGGUUCGAUCUGGUGCUAUCAGUAUCGGAGAGUUGACCUCGUUCCUGAUGUAUACAGCCUACGCAGGUUCUAGCAUGUUUGGUCUGUCUAGUUUCUACUCCGAACUCAUGAAGGGUGUUGGAGCAGCUAGCCGGCUUUUCGAAUUGCAGGACCGCAAGCCGACGAUAUCUCCAACCAAGGGUACAAAGGUUGUCUCUGCUCGUGGCCCUAUUCGCUUUGAGAAUGUGUCGUUUAGCUACCCAACACGGCCUGCUGUUCCCAUCUUCACAGACCUGAACUUCGAGAUUCCUCAAGGAACUAAUGUUGCUAUCGUUGGACCUUCAGGAGGAGGCAAAUCUACCAUUGCUUCCAUUUUGCUUCGGUUCUAUCUUCCCACUAAGGGUCGGGUUCUGAUCGAUGGAAAGGAUAUUGGUGAGAUGAAUGCUAAAUCUCUUCGGAGAAAGAUUGGCAUUGUGUCUCAAGAGCCCGUUCUUUUCUCGGGCUCUAUCGCGGAGAACAUAUCAUACGGAAGCCCGCAGGCAACAAGGUCUGCGAUUGUCGCAGCUGCCAGGAAGGCAAACUGCCAAUUUAUUAGUGACUUCCCUGAUGGCCUUGAUACUCAAGUGGGUCCUCGAGGAGCUCAGCUCUCCGGCGGACAGAAGCAACGCAUUGCUAUUGCCCGUGCCCUAAUUAAAGACCCUGAUAUCUUAAUUCUCGAUGAAGCGACUUCUGCUCUUGACGCAGAAUCUGAGACUUUAGUGAACAGUGCUCUUGCUGCUUUGCUCCGCGGGAACAACACGACAAUCAGCAUUGCCCAUAGGCUCUCUACCAUCAAGCGGUCCGACACUAUCAUCGUCCUCGGUCCCGACGGUAAGGUAGCCGAACAGGGUUCAUACGAAGAGCUCAGCUCUCGCCCUGACGGUGCUUUCACAAAGUUGAUGGAAUGGCAAAUGAGUGGUGGCGAUGUCUCUCAGCCUCCGACGGACGCUCCUGUCAGCCCUCUGACCCAAGAAAAAUUGUGGCAGAUGCAGGAAGAAGAGCAGGAAGCUGUCUCCAGACAAGAUGAGCAGCAGAAGAGCGAAUAACUGACAUUCUAGCAAGACUACCUUGUUCAUGGGUAGCUUGUCCAUUUUCUUCUCGAGUUCGUUACUUAUUCACUGUAGAGAUUCAUUUUUAUAUGUUCACCCGGUUAUUUAUACACUUACCUCUUGGAUGGUUGGAAUGAUCGACUAUCGCGGAUGUAUCUAUACCUUUUGAUUUGCUGCUUUGGACCGAUGGGACAUGCGUCUUUCUAUAUAUUGAACAGUUAGACAAGUGGGAUAGAGAAAAGUAAUACGCAUCUCCACUUACUAUCAACAAAGAGGGCAAUAUAUGUCAUAACAAUAAUCGUCGAAGGGCCU